AUGGCGGAGUUCUGCUCAGCCACUGCAACCCACCACCGCGAUGGGAGACGGACUGGAUCCAGGCAGCAGCCAGAAUCCUCCCUCUCGCCCCGCCCCCCUCUUCCCUUCAACCCUCCACCACCUGAACGGAACCCCUCCAGACCCAAACGACAGACCAACCAGCUACAGUACCUCCUCAAAGUGGUGUUGAAGACUUUAUGGAAACACCAGUUUGCGUCUUUCCACUCUCCUGUAGAUGCCGUUGACCUCAAUUUACCUGACUACUAUAAGAUCAUCAAGACCCCUAUGGACAUGGGGACGAUUAAAAAACGUCUGGAGAACAACUACUACUGGAAUGCCCAGGAGUGUAUCCAAGACUUCAACACAAUGUUCACAAACUGCUACAUCUACAAUAAGCCUGGUGAUGAUAUUGUCUUAAUGGCGGAGGCUUUGGAAAAGCUGUUUCUGCCAGAAGAUUACGGAGAUUGCCAGGAAGAGACUGAAAUUGCCGUGGUUACGAAAGGACGCCGCAGGACCAGAAGGGAUCUAGCUCUCAUCACCAAGUCAGACUCCGGUCAAGACUCGUCAUCUCCUUCCACCACACCGCACACACGAGACUUCUCAUCCCCCUCUCAUCCACUAACGCCUCAGCCCCGGGCCCCACCCACAACUCCAGGCCCUCCUAUCCUGCCUCAGCCCCCACGCGUGCCUCCUACCCCAGGCUCUCUCACACCCCACCUAGUGCCGCCAUUCCCUGUCUUAACACCAGACGUCCUGGCACAUGGCAUGACCUCUGUUCCUCCUCCAGCACCACCACACCCAGCCCUCCAUCCCGUCCCAUUGCUGCAGAACCCUCCUGUCCUUUUCAAGCAGAGGAAGAGCCAGAAGAGAAAAGCAGACACCACCACCCGCCCUGCCAACGACCAGCUCACCGAAUCAUCGCCUGCCUCCAUUGAGGCCCGGCCGCUCCGAGACAGCAGUCGCCCCUCAAAGCAGUCCAAACAAGACGCGUCACAGCCAGACUCUCAGCAUCACCUGAGCGGCUCUUUGGACACUGGCGUGACAGCGACAUCGAAGCGCCAGGACCAGUUGCGUUUCUGUGCACGUCUCCACAGAGAGAUGCUGUCUAAGAAACAUGUGGCCUAUGCCUGGCCGUUCUACAAACCUGUUGAUGUAAAAACUCUUGGACUUCAUGACUAUCUUGACAUCAUCAAGCACCCUAUGGACCUUAGUACCAUCAAGGUAACUUUCUUAAAAAUAACACAAAACAAUCUUGUAUAUCUUGCCAAUAUUAUACCAGUUUUUUUCCAAAUAUACAUUUCAAUCACAUUUUUUCCCAACUCAACAAAGUGA